AUGGAUGGUAUACAAAGAGCCAAGAAUUAUGGAAAGCGAGGCGGGCUAAUUAAGUUGGAAGCUAAGCCGAGGAUAGCGUUAGAUGAUAUUAUGUACAAAGAAGAAUUAACUUGGUUCCAAAGAUCAAGAGAGGAAUGGGUGGCUUCUGGAGAUAGAAAUACAAAAUAUUACCAUGCCAUUACUAAAGUAAAGAAAACAAGAAAUCUAGCCACGAACUUAAAGACCAGUGACGGGAUUUGGAUCACUGAUGAAGAGCUAAUUCAAAGGAUGAAUGUGCACAUGGAGGAAAUCAAGGCUGCCUUAUUUGACAUGGCACCUUAUAAGGCACCGGGACCAGACGGAUUCCAUGUAGCCUUCUACCAAAAGACGUGGAACCACAUUGGAAAGGAGCUCACUGAAAAAAUUUUGGAAUUCUUCAAGACUGCGAAGAUGCAUACCAAUUGGAACAACACGUUGCUAGCCUUAAUUUCUAAAGUGAAGCAUCCUGAGCUUAUCACACAAUUCCGUCCAAUUAUCCUUUGUAACGUCAAGUACAAAAUAGUCACCAAGGUCAUAACCAACCGCUUGAAAAACAUUAUGCCUCAAGUGGUCGGAAAUGAACAAAGUAGUUUUGUCCCGCAACGCCAAAUCGUGGACAGUAUCGCGACCUACCAGGAACUCCUCCAUACCAUGAGGACAAAAAGGGGUGGCCUAAAAGCAAUGACCGUAAAGAUUGACAUUGAGAAAGCUUACGAUAGACUUUCAUGGGACUUUCUUCAGGACACGCUGCAAGGUCUAGGCAUGGAAAGACACUGGAUUAACAUUAUAAUGGAGUGUGCAACUUUAGAACAAAUGAAGGUGAUCAAGUCAUGUCUCCAGAAAUUCGAGGACGACUCGGGUCAGAAAGUUUGUGUACAGAAAUCUCAAAUUCACUUUGGCAAGAAUGUUAAUUCAACCUUGGCACAUAGCAUAGCUCAAGAGGCAGGUUUCGUUCAAACAGAUAACCUUGGAAGGUACCUCGGAGUGCCUUCAAUCCACGGGAGAGUUACGAACAACGAUUUUGCGUCCUUAAUUGAAAAAAUAGAUGGGAACCUGGAGGGAGAUUGUGAUACCAUUGAGCGAAGAAUAAGACAAUUUGUUUGGAGAGGUAGCAUUCACCUGGUAAACUGGGAAACUAUCACCAAACCUAAAGAGCAAGGGGGUAUUGGCCUAAGAAGGCUAAAGGGAAUGAAUCUAGCCUUCUUGACGAAGCUAGGAUGGAGGCUACACACGGAAAAAGGUAGUCGCUGGACCAAAGUCAUCUUGGGAAAGUACAUGCAAGGCAAUCUGGAACAGGGAGACUUCAUAAAGAAAAAGAACUGCUCAAAUCUUUGGCGUGGAAUUUGCGAGGCUCACCCCAUUCUACUAGAAGGUGAGUGCCGUAAUAUCAACAACAAUGAACUGUACUGGAAGUUGGAGCCAAAAGGACGCUGUUCGGUCACCUCCGCCUACAGGCUUGCACUAAAUUUAGACACAGGAGAGGAUGACAGUAUAUGGAAGUCAAUCUGGAAAUUGAAGGUGCCUAGGAGGAUUAAUAGCUUUGUAUGGCUUUUGAAACAUAAAACGCUAAUGACAAACGCUGAACGUAAACACCACGGCUUCAUUGUCAAUGGAAGGUGCACGAGUUGCUACAUGCACGAGGAAGACAUCCUCCAUUGCUUGCGGGACUGCGCGGUGGCAAAAGAAUUAUGGGAAGUUUUCUUACCCUAUGGGGCUAAAAGGUGGUUUUACCGGUCAAACUUUGAUACUUGGCUAACUCGUAAUGUAACAGGAAAACUGGACGGCGGGAAGGAUGGUGGCUGGAGCGUCCUGUUCGUGAUAAUUGCGUGGUGGACUUGGAAGUGGCGUUGUAACAAAACCUUCAACGAUGUGUGCUAG